CGAAGAAAUACUAUGUAUCUGUUGACGUCUGCGUUGUUGUGAGGAUUUUAUCCGUUUAUUUGAUCGUCAGAGCUGAGUCAUCGUUUGCAAUAGUUUGCUUAAAUGUGAUAGAAUUGCAGUUAUGACUGAUGUCGAAGAUGCCUUUACAUUGGACGAAGAUGAGGUGAGUGAGGAAGACAAAGCAUACAACAGAAAGAGGCCGACUGAAGUAUCAUGGGAUAGUGAUGAUGAUCUCUUAAAAGAUGACCCUUUUCCAACUUUUGGCAAAAAGGCAAGACAUGAUUUUUCAGAUGAAGAACUUGAUGAAGAUGUGCUGUUAGGCAUAAGUGACAAUGAGGAAGACGUAUUAAAUGCAAGUGGUGAUGAUGGACAAGAUAUUUUUGAUAAUUUCAGCAAAACUGAACCUGUAGAUGGUGUUGAUAUACUUUUAAAUGAAGACAUAUCAAACUUAGAUGGUGAUGUUUUGGAUAUCGGUAUUGACAACACAGAUAUCUUGGAUGAAGAUGUGUCCACUCAAGUAUAUGAUUCAGAAGAAACGUUUGUUGAUACAACUGAAACACAAGCAGUGGUACCAGAAAUUAAGGAGGAAUUACCAGAACAGGAAGUGGAAACGGAACUUGAUGACACACUGGAAGAUGAAAACCAAGUGUUAGAUGAUUCCCUUCUUGAAAGCAGUGAAAGUGAAGGUGACGAUGACGAUACCCGUACACGUUUCAAGUCAGAAAGACAGGACUCUGCAGUAGUGGUGUCUACAAGUACUGCUGGACGAAAGCGAGAUAUACCUGAUACACUCGAGGUGAGUGCCGAAGUUCAAGCAAGUAUUGAUGAGUUUGACCAGAAAUUAAAGCAAAAGAAACAGAGAAAUCAUCGAGGGGGUUACUGCAAUCGUCAGUAUCAAGGUAAUGGAAGAGGAAUGGGUAUGCAGCAACACAGACCCAUGCAGCUUGGUUUGUCACAGGGACCAGCUGGAAUACAGCUGCAACACAGGCCGAUUGGGAUGCAACAACAACGCCCACAGAACAGUGGCUCUUUACAACCGAAGAAAAUUCAUAUUAAUCCACAUUUUAAAGGCACAGUGAAUGUCAGACCUGACAUUGAUGGUUCAUUUUCAGGUGCAUUAAGAUGGGAUAGGACCAGCAUGUCACCGUCAGCAAGCCAACCAUCGUAUCCUCCAUCGCUGCUAUCAGAAUCCAUCAGACCAUCUUACCAAACAUCAGUGCCAUCUGUAAUGCAGCAGCAUCCUUCCCAACCAUAUCAGUAUAGAACCACAUUUAAUAGACCACCAAUGAAAGAAACAUGGGGUGCACCCCAGUCCAGGCAUCCAGGACCACCAGGAUCUAUGUAUCAACCAUCUUACUCUCCAAUGUCUUCUCACGGUCGACCACCAAUGUCAGGCCCACCUAGAUAUUCUCAACCACAGCAGCCUCCAGGAUAUCAAAAUGCCAGACCACCAUAUCCAGGGAGCAGACCACCAUACCCCGGUGCCAGACCCCCAUACCCCGGUGCCAGACCACCUCGUCAAGGUGGGAUGCCAGGACCAAUGACAGGACCACCACCACCACCCAGACAUAGUGGUGGCUACCCUUAUCCGAGAGAGCGGCAGCCAUUCAUGGGAGAUAGUGGUCUACCACAACGAAUGCCACACUCAGAACCGAUUCAGCCAAGACCAAUUCUUUCUCAGCAGCCACGCCAGAGGCUUCCCACACCAUACCAUUUGCCACAGCAACCAAAUAUACAACAACAUCCAAGAAUGCAGCAGCCACGUCUUCAGCAUUCACAACAGGGACAGCCAAGACUACACCUGCCCCAGACAAGCCAACUUAGGCCACCACAGCCUAAAGUCAGCAUUCCAAGGGCACCUGCUCCCUUAAUGAACCUUACUCCGCCUGCACAAAUAGAAAAGACAGCACCACAGCAACAACAACCGCCGAAGGAAGAGGAACCAAUGGAUGAGGAAACAAGGAUUAUGAAAAUCAAACUAGAUGAACAAAAGAAAUUACGAGAAGCGAUUCAGAAGAGGAAAGAAGAGAGAAGACAACAAAUGGCAAUAAAGAGACAGGCAGAACUUAAGAAGAAAUUUAUGCUUGAACAAGGUGGUGGUGACGCCAGCACACAGGUGGCUGCUGUACCUGUGGUUGAACCAGUAAUUCAAACUGUUGAUAAGCAACAGCCAAUGAUGCAACUGCAACAUGAGACAUCAGAACAGCAAGGACAGCUGCAGUUUCAGCCAGGACAGUCAUUACAACAGGGACAGCAAGUAUCACAAGUUUUGCAAUUUUCGCAGCAGAAAUUGAUGCCAAUGCAGCAAAAACUGCAACCUGGACAAAGAAAAGUGUUGUUGACCAAAAAGGCGAAGCUGCAGCAAAUGAAGCUUCAGAAGCAAAAGCCCCAAAAACUGCAGCAUCAACAAAAUAUGCAGCAACAGCAGGCAUUGGUACAGCUAGGAACACCAAAUCAACUGCAACAACCACAGCCCCUUAUGUCACUACCAGGACAAGGUAACUCUGUGGUUAAAGUUCUCACUGGAGGUGAUGAACUACCUCAACAGAUACCAACUAUAGGUGGCAGUAUGCCCAUCAAACCUUUAUCUCAAGCCAAACCAUUCCUCAUGCAAAGUCCCAGAUCUUCAACUGCUAAAGCGCCGAUUAAACGGAAAAUAAUGAUGAGUUCUGGAAAUAAACAGCUGAAAAUCCACAAGGUGGUGAAGAUGCAGCCAAAACAACAACAGCCACAGCCACAGCCAGAAAGGAAAGUAGUAACUAACCCUAAGAAUGGUGCUCCAAUGUCUUUUAGAAUGGUAGCCAUUGAUGGUUUGCCAUCUAACGUGGGUAAAGAUAAAUUAUUGGAGAUGCUUAAAUCAAGUGGAACAGUAGAGACACUUCAGAUUAUUCCAAGUCAGCACAAAGCCCUGGCACGUUACUUGAGACAAGAACAUGCUGAAGCAUUUCAGAAAAAAUAUCAUAGUUGGGUAUUGAUGGGAAAGUAUGCCCUAACGUCACAUCCCAUUGGCCUAAAAAGUGAGUAUGCAGCAAAUUGUUGGGUUAUCAACCAAUCUGAUAAAGUGUUAUGUAUAAAAGAUGAAGAUACAAGAUACAUAAGAUUUGAUGAAGAUGCUGCUGCACACAGAUGA